UCUGUGUGUGUUUGAUUGUCCGUUCAGGCGAGUGUAACCGAACACUGAUCUAAUCGAGCGGCGUGUCCUCUUGUUUCUGUGGCAAAAUGCCUCUCGGUCGGUUAUUACUCCGAACUACAACUUUAAACAAAAUCGUGAGCAGAAAUGCUUUCACCGCAACCAAGCCGGAUCCUUCCAAACCGAACAUGCUGCGAGUGGGUCUAGCCUUCGGGACCACAGCUCUCCUGUGGGCGAUGCUCUUCAAAACGCACCGGAGCGACGUGCAGGAAUACAAAGCAAGAAAAGGACUGGAGUAAUAAGUUGUAACGUAUUGUAUUUUCCUGUACAUGUGUGCUUCACUGCUUUGGUGUCAUCUAUAAUUAUGUAUAAUAAAGAUGUGUACGUGUUCAUUA